CAUUUAUUUGUUGCGCUUCCGGCGUGAUGGGGUAUUUUUCCGUUUUAUAAAUGAUAGGAAAGUAAUUCUAUUUCUAGUAGGUGAAACCAGUCGGAAUCAAGUUGGUGCGGGUCUGAAAAACUGUUCUGUGCAGCAUGUCUCACAACACUAAGCAUUUAGCCCCAGGACCUCUGCAUAUUUUUUCAAAAGCCCAUGUGCAGAGCAGUGGCUGUCAAACCACCAUCAAGCAGGAAAAAAGUGAGCAGUCCAGGUCAGCCACUGAGAAAUCUUCCAGUGGCGAAGAAGAGGUCCCAGGAGAAAAUCUGCAGAAAAGCACGCCCAACUGUAAGACAAUGACGAACUCUUCACAGGCCUUGCAUCGACAACUGGGUACACCUUCCACUCCUGCAACAGAGAGCAACAUCAACAAGCCAGUGAAGAAGCGAGGCUGGCCUAAAGGAAAGAAGAGGAAAAAAGUUCUCCCAAAUGGUCCAAAAGCUCCUGUGACUGGUUAUGUUCGUUUUCUGAAUGAGCGAAGGGAGCAGAUCCGGAUGCAGCACCCUGAUCUACCAUUCCCUGAGAUCACCAAGAUGUUGGGAGCCGAAUGGAGCAAACUCGUCCCUGGUGACAAACAGAGGUACUUGGAUGAGGCAGAGAAAGAGAAACAGCAAUAUAUGAAAGAGCUACGAGAGUAUCAGCAGUCUGAAGCAUACAGGAUGAGUGCCGAAAAAAUCCAGGAAAAGAAGAUCAAGAAAGAGGAGGCCGAUUCAUUUCAUCAAAGUGUAUCACAUGAACAAGGUCCAAAGAGUGCUGAAAUAGUAAAUGAUGUAUUGCCUAUCUUUGAUGUCCCGAUUUUUACAGAAGAGUUUCUGGACCAAAAUAAAGCUCGAGAGGCAGAGUUAAGGCGAUUGAGAAAAAUGAACACUGAAUUUGAAGAGCAGAAUGCCAUCCUCCAGAAGCACACAGAAAACAUGAGUAUAGCUAAAGAGAAACUGGAGAAGGAGCUGAUCAUGGAGGAGAACCAGACCAUGAUGCUGCAACAGCAGCUGCAAACUGUGCGCCAGAUCUUGACUGAGAGCUUCGCCAGCAUUCCACUGCCUGGAACCGGAGAAAUGCCCUCACUGGGAACCCUGGAUUCCUACAUGGCUAAACUCCAUAGUCUUCUAGAGAAUAAUCCAGUGCAGAAUGACAAGUUGAUCAGGAGAUUGAAAGAAGUCAUCGACAAAAUUGGCACUAGCCUGCUUCCCUAUCACAGGCCUUUCACGUGGCACCUUGUGAUUGAAACCAUGGUCUGCAUCCCUUCAGCCAGAAGAAUAAACACGCGUACUUCCCUAUGAAAUGGCUGGGUUUCCAGUUGAACGCUUGUAUACAUGAAGCAAAAGCACUUUACAUCAGGAUGUCUUCUAGAGGACUGCAUGGUGCUACUUGACACUGCAGAACAAAAAACGUACAGCAGUAGUACGCACAAGAACUGGAUGAACAGACAUACAUUCUAUGAAAAGACACUAAAGAAACUGCUUUUCUUUUUUCUAUUUGUUUUUAGGGAUCAGGUGAUCCUCCUGCACUCUGUGUCAAAUAAUGUUUUAAUGAUAGGAGGCUGUUUAUAUUAAUAAGAAUAAUAUGUAAUACAUUAAGUGGCAUUAAACCACUUUAAAAAAUGGGUGCUUUUUUAUGUGCCUGCCAUCUUCUAAAGAGAGAUGAUUCCCCCCUUGGAAUUUCCAGGUAAGAAGUAGUUUACUGUGGAAUCCUAUGGGUAAUGCUUGGUUAUGAUAUGAAAUUGCAAUGGUUGCAUAGUUUUAGCUGACCUGUAUGCAAAGUAACAAACAGAUGUUCAUCGUGUUUCACUGUUGCAGUCAUU